AUGAAGUACUCUUUGUUUAUAACUCUUUUGUCAGGCCUUUCAAAGGUGUCCUCACUGCCCUUUGAUGUUGAACCAAGAGGCAGUAAGCCGCCAGCCUUCAUUUUGGCAGGUGACUCUACCACAGCCGUGCAGAGCACCGGUGGAGGUGGUUGGGGCAACGGCUUUCUCAGCUUUCUUCGACGAUCUGCAUGGGGCGUCAACCUUGGGCAUAACGGUGCCACAACUGUCUCCUUUGUGAGCGGUGGCGAUUGGGGUAACGUGAAGCAACAUAUUAGCGACAACGUCGGGGAUUUCGAUGUCUACGUCACGAUUCAGUUCGGCCAUAACGACCAAAAGACAAAAUACAAUAUCAGCCUCGAUGAUUACCAAACCAAUCUUGGGAAUCUAGCGAAUGAAGUGCGACAGCUGGGUGGCCACCCUAUCCUUAUUACACCACUCACCCGGCGUAACUUUGUGUCUGAACACAAUGCAACCGACUCUCUUCAUAAUGAGCGCCUGCGCACAAUCGCAGCUGCGUCUGAGACGAAUACCAAGUACCUGGACCUCAAUCAGAAGAGUCUCUGGUACGUGAAUUCUAUUGGCGAGGAAGCCAGCCAUGUGUAUAACCUCGCCCCGGAUGAUAACACGCACUUGAAUGACUAUGGAAGUGUGGUGUUUGGACGUAUGGUGGCAGAUUUGUUGUUGAAGAAAGAGCCCCGCUUGGCACGCUGGAUCGCAGCGAAUGACACUCUAAGUGCGGCACUUGCGCAGGGCAUUCCAGCUUAG